AUGCCAGAUCCAUCAGUGGCGAGAAGGCACGCCCGCAUUGCGGUGAUCGGUGCUGGAUGGUGGUCGCAGGGCUGGCAUCUUCCCCACUUGAGCCGGAAUCCACUUGCAGAAAUUUCGGCCAUCGUGGAACCUUGCGAUGCUCCACGCAGCACUCUGAACCCAGACAUGAAGACGCUUGAGGAGCUGAAGAGUACCUACGGGGUGCCCAUCUUCAAGACUUUUGAUGAGUUUUUACUUUCAUCAGCUGCGGCAUCAACAGACGGGGUUGUGGUGGCCACCAGCCAUUCAUCCCAUGCUGAGAUCGGCUUGAAGGCAUUGGGAGCUGGCUUCCACGUCUUUAUGGAGAAACCGAUGACGACGGACCCAGCUGAAGCAAGCAGUCUUGCACGAGCAGCAGCCGCCAAAGACAAAGUUUUCUUGGUGAAUAACACAGCAAAUUUCCGGGACUCUGCCCAGAAAGUGCGCGAAGUGGUCGCAAGCAAAGUCGGUACGGUGAAGUUCGCGCAAGGUUUUAUGGCCUGCUCACUUCUCUGGCUCUUUGACAAUCCAGAGAAUGAGGGCUGGGUCCGACCAACAGGAACUAUGGAAGGAAAUGGAUUUGGAUGGGGUCAGAUGUCACAUGCUCUGGCCUGGCUAUACUACGUCACAGAGCUCGAGCCCACGAGGGUCUAUUGCAACAUGGUGAAAUCAGAGAAGACGGGGGCCGACAUCUUUGAUACCGCUGUCAUUCAGUGCUUGGGUGGGGCAGUCCUGAACGUGCAAGGGACAGCUUCUCUGCCCUUCAAGUCCUAUGCGAGCUCAACCAAGCAAAUCGAUAUGAAGAUCUUCGGUUCUGAAGGAGUGGUCACCUACAGCGGGGAGGACAUGCAUCCGUCCUCCGGUGGGCUGAAGGUUCAGCUUCAUGAUGGAAGCGAGCACCACGUCCCAGGUUUCUACUUCGAAAACUACGACUCGGAGGGAGAUGGGCCAGAAUCACUCCACGCUUUUAUCCAUGGUUGUCUUGGUGAGCAGUUCACGAAUGCCGCAGAUGUCCUCUUGGGAAAGAAGGUGGUGGAUACAAUUCACGCCAUGUAUCGGAGUGCCCAAUCUGGGCAUACCGAGCCGAUUGCUGCGGCAAAGGCGUAG